AUGGCCACUCUCCACUACCUCCCUCCUGUUAAGCCCUCGGCUAUCGCCCUCGGCACCAUCUACACGCACGCGGUCUCGCUGGCCGUCCUCGGCCCCGUCUUUGGCGACACGUAUCGGCAAGCGCAGGCAGCCAACUCCAAGGAGGAGUUCUUCAAGUCCAAGGAGGCCGCGACGGCAGCGGCUAGCUACGGUUCGAGCUUGGUAGGCAGCGCUGUGCAGGCGUACGGUGUGGGCGCGCUUCUCAACGCCACCGGCACCCUCAGCUACAAGGGCGCCGCGUACCUGGGCGGUCUUAUCUUCUUCGCCAGCUCAGCACCUUCGCUCGUUGCCCACAUCAUCACCGAGAAGCGUCCUCUCGAACAGGUUGCCGUUGGCGCAGUCGCCAGGCUCCUGGAGACUGUUGGUCUCAGCUUGACCCUCACCUGGUGGGGCACCCGCACCAACCCUUUUGAAUAA